UUUAUUUGGAAUUGUGAGAAUCCCAAUUUCUGAAUCCUGAAACAAAACCCUCGUUGUCUCUCCCAAUCGAUCCUCUGAUUCUCCCAGCACUGUUUCAAUAACACAACAUAUACAGUCACAUAGAGAGAACCACACACACACACACACAUAGAAAGAAAGAUAGAGAGAAAUAGUGGAGGCUUCGGAGAGGAAGAAAAGAAAAGCAUUCUGAAAUGGCAGAAUAUGUUCAUCAGCCGCACUUAAAUCACUCUAUUCCUUCAAGCGAACAGACCGUCUGGGCCGACGUUUCUCCUUUACUUGAAGCCGCCUGCAAAGAUCUUAAAGAUGGUGAGCUCAUACAUGGUGACCAUUUUAAUCUUUUUGCUGCCAUGUCUGCUUUGGAGAUAAUGGAUCCAAAGAUGGAUUCCGGUAUUGUUUGCAGAUAUUAUUCUGUUGAUGAAGCAAUUGAAGAUGGUAUUGCUCCUGUCCCAUUAAGCCCAAAUAGAACCGUUGAUGUCCAAUGUAUUAUUGAUAUCAUGGAUCAUCUUCUAGCAUGUGAGGCAACAUGGCACAAGGGUCACUCACUUGCACAAACAGUAUUUGCCUGUAUAUACCUUCUCAGGCCGGAAAGAACAGCAUCACAUCCGUUGUUGCAUUCUUAUUGCAGAGUAAUACGUGCCACUUGCAAUGCUGUUGUUUCAGUGGUCUCUGAAGCUCGCACACAUGAAGAAGAGGACAUUUUUACAAUGACUUAUGGCCUACCUCUGAAAGUUGAUGGAGAUGAUAAGGGCUUAUCUUUGCUACAUGCGGUGGAAGAAACAAUUUCACGCCAACUUCGUGCUUGUAAAGCAUCCUCGUCGAAAAGAAGAUCAGUAGAAGAUACAGAGCCGUUGCAAACAAAUCCUGACUUGGAAGAAGGUUACUGCAAAGCUUUGCUAUGCCGUAUACGUUUCCAUAAGCACUUCUACCAUGUCUUAACAUGCAUGCGUCGGCCUCAAGGAAAAGGCUUAGAGCUGGCACGAAAACAUAUAACUUCUUGCUUAUUGGAGCUAGAUAACAUUCUUAAGACUUUGGAAUUUCUUAGAUCUAAUAAAUGUGGGACAUGUGAAGAUGGACAAGAAAACACAACUACAGCCUCUGGUUGUCCUCCAAUUGGCUUUGAUGCUGGGUUAAACGCAAGACUAUCUGCUCCAACUCCUCCUCGGACAAUCAAAAUCCUUAGCUGGAGGAAGGCUGUUGAAUAUUUCCAAAAACUCCUUAAUGAUUUAGAUACAAUAUGUUCAUUCUCCUUGGACCCACUACUUGAUGAGGUAUUUCGAUUUGUGGUUGAGUUUCAAAAGUCUCGUCCUGAUCUGGUUGCUAGGGCCCAUCUCCAGCUCCUACUGGUUAAAGAUGGGAAACUUUAUGGCCGAGAUUCUAUGUUUGCUGCAAUUUCAAAAGCUGCAUCAUUACCUGAAAUUAUGAUGAACCAUGAAAUUCAAAAGACUGAAGCUUUUGUGCAACUAGAACAGUUGGUAAUCAAUUUGAUUAAAGUUCUUUCCACAAAUGCUGCGUGGCAAAGGCGUAAGCUUGGGAAAAUUUUACAAGAUUGGCGAGUCAUCUAUAUACAGCUGGAACUGGUUUCUAGUAGAGACUUUGGAGCUGCUUCAAGCAUUUCAAUUAGUGAGGGUGAUUACAUGAAAAUAUCCCAAUGUAUUCUCCUUUGGGUGGAAGAACAGACUUAUUGGAUAUCAACACGAUUUCUUGUAUUGGGUUUUGAACUGGAGCUGUACUCUCCAAAUGAAUAUUGCAUGGUAUACUGGUAUAUUAAUAUCCUCUUGAUGAAGCUUAUAGAGAAAACACAUCUUAAGCUCUUGACUGGCAGUGAAGUUGCCAAGCGAAAGGUGAAGAAGAAAAAAGACUCUGCGAAGGACUCGAUAAGGGAUUUUCUAAUCCCACCUGCGGUUUUAUUGCUUCGGUGUCAUAUGUAUCUUUCAGAAGGGCUCACAAUGAUGCUUGCUGCUCUGAGGAAUGAUCUCAACACCUUCUCUAGUCCAGGACCAUUUAAUACUGAAAAUGAGAGAUUUGUUCAACACUUUGAGCUUCUUCUAAGAGCUUCAGUUCCUGAGCACAUGUCUUACCUAUCAUUUAGCGAGCAAAUUAGUCAAGCCUGUUUAUCGAAUCUUGGUAGAUAUAAUUAUUUUAGAGAUGCUCAGAAGAUUUUGAAGGAGCUAAAGGGUAGUUUCUCAAACGAUCAAGAGAGAAUGGCGGAAUUAAGACGAUUAGAACAUGUUGCUGAACAUAAUAGCGUUGCUGUAAACCUCAUAUCACGGUUAGGAGCCCUAGAGCCAUCCUUAAAGGUUUCUUUCGAAUUCAUUCAUCAUCCAUACUUUGCUACUGCUGUUGUCAAGAGAUGUUAAGUGUUGAGAAAAAAGAAGAAGAAGAGAUUCAUGUCCCUACCAUUUUUUUAGUUAGAUUUUGGAGGCUGUUUUUUUUUUUUUUGUAUUGAGAGCAUAUUGGAUUUGGAAAGUGGUAUUUUCUCACAAUUUUUAAC